UACAUAGAGCGGCGAGGGCCGAGGCAAUGGGAGAUCUUACCUUACCCCAGACUUUGUUCGGGAAUACUUGCAGAUUCCCCCGCCUUGUUAUUUUACUCCCUACUCGAAUAAUCGAAACAAUGUCUCUCUUCUUACCUAGGUAGUUGAAGUUUUGAAUCCUCUCUUUCUCUUUCUAUUUCUCUUCCUCUUUGAAUAUUUAGUUUCCCUUGUUUCGUUAUUGAAUUCUAAGCAGGAUUUGGAUUUGGGUUGUAUUUUGUCAACCGUAAUCGUUCAAUACCCAAUAUGUCGGCAUCCGCAAAGAGAAGACUCGCAGCACUUUCCGAGCAGCUUGUGAAACCCAUUGAAGACCAGGGUAACUUUGAAAAUAUCCCAAUUCUUAAGAAAAUUGCACCAGAUUCAACGGGCCCGAGAGUUAAGGGAAAAGUAGUCAUUGUGACAGGAACCAAUAGUCCUUUGGGAAUUGGACGAGCAUCAGCACAUCAGUUUGCGCAGAAUGGCGCAAGAGCUGUAUACAUAUGCGAUUACAAUGACACGAAUCUCGAAACCCACAAACGUGAACUUGCAUCAUUAUACCCUGAUGUCGAAGUACACACGCGGAAGUUUGACGCAGCGGAUGAACAAUCCGUAAAGGAAGUUAUUGAUCAUGCGGUGAAGACAUAUGGAAGAUUGGAUAUUUUCUUUGCAAAUGCGGGAAUUGUAGGCACAAAUAAAGUAUUUACAGAUAUUUCUGCAGAUGAGUUUCUGUCUACUUUACGAACAAAUGUUGUCAGUGUAGCAAUGGCGGCCAAAUACUCGGCACCAGCUAUGAUGUUAACAUCACCGGAGAAGCAAUACCCAUCUGGUAGUAUAAUAGCCACAGCUUCAGUCGCUGGUUUACGUUCCAAUGCAGGGUCCAGCGAUUAUUCUGCCUCCAAAUCUAGCGUCGUCUCCCUGGCCCAAACGAUAUCCUAUCAACUAGCAGGCACUGGAAUUCGCGUCAAUGCUAUCUGUCCUGGCGUCAUCGAAACAGGUAUGACAGCACCUAUGUAUGAAGCUGCACGAGCCAGGGGAUCGGAAAAGAAGAUUGGCCAAUUAAAUCCGCUAGGAAGAGGUGCACAUGCCGAUGAGGUAGCUAGGGUGGCAUUGUUUUUAGGAAGUGAGGAGAGUAGUUAUGUCAAUGGCCAAGCUUGGGCUGUGGAUGGAGGACUUAGUGCUGGUCAUCCUUUCGUUCCAGGAAAGUUGGGUUGAGUCGGAGGUUGGUGAAGGUCAGAAUCCCAAAGAUGGCCUCACUGUUCCAUAAUUUGCCAGUUUGGUGUAUUUCCCACACAAAGCCCAAUCUGGAAGAAGAUCUAAAGCAUUAAUAUUAUUUCACAUCAGCCCUUGAUACUUCAUGUUUCCCCAUAGUGCCUCUCGGACUCUAUCCUUUCCUUUUCCACUUCAAAUAUAAUUCCUAGAAUUGCGUUCACUGUCACAUACGACCAUAGACUGAAGAGAAUUGGGCAUCCCGUCCGCUCUGCCAUACACAAGCUUCAGAUCGGUGGAUUAGUAGUUGGGUGGGUGACCACCAGCGAAUCCCCACUGUUGUAUGUUUUUUUUGCUCGUUUUUUUCUUUUCUUCUUUUGGCGGUCGUUUGGGACAUGGGAGUUUCAAGACCUGUGGAGGAAACAAGGUAUAUAGCGUCGAGGGGAGCGAGAAUGGAGCCAAACGUGAUAUGUGUUUUGAGGUCUACCUUUUAGGUAUGUGGUCGACGGAGUUGUAAUGACUGAAGUAGGAUACUGGGGAUUCCUGUGUGGGGGAAUAUCAUAGAAAGGAGAAGUACUUGGACACAUACUUGAGCAUUCAUAGAGAGAGCUAGUAUAAUCGAAGCUUUUAUUUUACUCGUUGCAAGUCACUUGUCGAUUUGGUAGCAAUCCACAAACUUAGUGACUGAAAGUAGAGGGAUCAAGGUUCAACUGAUCUUAGUAAAGAAGCUUCAAGCAUUGAGAAGGGUUGAAAUGAAGGUACUGGGCAAGCUCACCGGGACAAAAAGUGG